AAGCCACGGCGAGCUUAGCUUGGCCUCAUCAAUCAAGAGCUUACUUUCUAAUCCUAGCAAGCCAGCCAACCAAAACCAACCCAUGGCGGCGAAGGACUUGUGGACCGCGAUUGGAUCAACCCUGGCGUUCAUCCUCGCCCUCUGUUCGAUGGCAAUGCACCAAGCCAAAAUCAUCCUGUGGAUCAACAAGAUCGUUGGCUACUUCAACCCAUACAUCCAAAUUACCAUCCCUGAGUACGGCGCCGACCGUUUCCAGCGCAGCGACUUCUUCGUCGCGAUCGAAGCCUACCUCUCCCACAAAUGUGCUUCCCAGGCGCGAAAGCUCAAGGCCGAUCUUGGCAAUGUUCGGAAGAAACCCCAGGCCUCUGUUGACGACGGGCAGGAGAUCAUUGACAACUUUGAUGGCGCCAUGCUCUGGUGGUACGCCGCCAUGGUGCCAAAAAAGUACAACGUCAUCAGCUUGUCGCCCGGUGAUGACGAGCGCCGUUACUACCGACUCUCCUUCCAUCGCAGCUUCCGCGACAAAGUCCUCGACUCCUACCUGCCGCACGUCCUCGAGAAGGGCCGCGCCGUCAUCUCCGAGAACCGCCAGCGCCGCCUCUUCACCAAAAACCCAAGCAGCCGCUGGAGCUCCUACUCACCAAAGACCAUCUGGAGCCACGUCCCGUUCGAGCACCCGGCAAAGUUCGACACGCUCGCCAUGAACCCUGAUGUGAAGGAGGACAUCAUGGAUGACCUCAGGGCAUUCCAAGAGGCGAAGGACUACUACACCAAGGUCGGCAAGGCAUGGAAGCGUGGAUACCUGCUGUUCGGCCCCCCAGGCACUGGCAAGUCCACCAUGAUCGCCGCCAUGGCCAACUUCCUUGACUAUGAUGUCUACGACCUGGAGCUCACGGCGGUCAAGAACAACACCGAGCUGCGGCAGCUCUUCAUCGAGACGACAGCAAAGUCCAUCAUCGUCAUCGAGGACAUUGACUGCUCCGUCGACCUCACCGGCAAGCGCAAGGACAAGAAGGUCCACAAGAAGAAGUCCAGUAGCGAAAGCGAGUCGAGCGACAACGUGACCAGGCUGCCGAUAGAGGCCAAGGAGGACGACGAAAGCACCAAGCUGACCCUGUCCGGGGUGCUCAACUUCAUUGAUGGGCUAUGGUCGGCGUGCGGCGGCGAGCGCAUCAUCAUAUUCACCACAAACAACAAGGAUAAGCUCGACCCAGCACUGAUCCGGCGAGGCAGGAUGGACAAGCACAUCGAGAUGUCCUACUGCCGCUACGAGGCCUUCAAGCUGCUGGCCAGCAACUACCUCCAGAUCACGGAGCACGAAUUUUUCGAGCAGUUCGGCGAGAUACAGCAGCUCUUGGAGGAGAUCGACAUGUCUCCGGCGGACGUUGCCGAGAACCUGAUGCCCAUGUCCACGAAGAAGAAGGAUCCUGGCAUGUGCUUGGCAGGUCUCGUGGUGGCUCUGAAAAAUGCCAAGGUGGACGCGGCAGCCAAGGUGAUGGAGGAAGCAAAAAAGGAGGAGGACGCAGAAAAAUCCAUGGACAAAGAGGAGGCGGUUUCGAUCAAGGUGAAGGAGGAUGCGAACGCAAAGGAGAAGGAGACGGAGAAAUCCAGGGAGAAAGAGGAGGCAGUCACGGUCAAAGUGAAGGAGGAAGGGAAAGAAAUUGUGAAGGAGGCAAAGAAAUUCAUGGAGAAACAGGAGGCAGUCCCGGACAAGGUGGAGGAGGAAGUGAAAGCAAACGAGAAGGAAGAAAAGAAAUCCAUGGAGAAAGCGGAGGCAAUAACAGUUGAGGUGGAGGAUGCAAAAGCAUAGGAGUCUGACAAAUCCAUGGAUAAAAAGGAGGCAGUCGAAGUGAAGAACGACACGGGAGAAGAAGAAUGGGAAGACAAUAAAAGAGCAUAGUAAUUUGGACUUUCCCUUUAAAAAAAAUAAGAUUGUUCCGGGUAGAUUGACUGGCAGUUUGUACUAAGGCCAUUCUCGUUGGGUGAUUUUGUAUUUAUGUUUCCAAAAUGCUACAUAAGUAAAAAGAAUAUUUAAUUUAGGGUUGAAAUAGCUUCAUACAA